GACAACGAAGUGUUUUUCAGAAACGUGACGAGAAACAGUUUAAAAGCAGAAAGCGACAGAAGAAGAAGAGUCUGUCUCAGAGGCUGCAGGAUGGAUGUGACAUCACACUCUGAAAGCGGCGCUAAUAACGGCUCAAAGCAAUCAGAGUGCAUCUCGAGCCAGCCAACAGCCAAUGGGGUUCUUCUGCAUCACAACACAGAGGAGGCCCCGCCCCCGCUCUCUGAUAGGCCGGAGGACGGUGACAACGGUGAUGACUCUUUAACCAGCAGCUCUUCCACCAAUGACAUCUCUUGUCUCCUGCCUGCCCAUCCCGCCUCCGCAGCCCCGCUCCAAAAACAGAAAGAUACGGACAGGUCGUCACCGUCUCCUCCUCCCAUCUGUACUCCUCCGUCUUCCUCCCUCACCUGUCCUCCUCUUCCUCCUCCUCCCCCUCCUCCUGAUGGGUCCUCCAGACACAGCUGCAGCCUUCCUCCUUCUCAUCCUCAUCCUCAUCAUAAUCAUCAUCAUCAGCAGAACACCAAUCAGAAGCGUCUCUCCUCCGCUAAGAGCCACACAUCCUUCAAGGCGGGCGCCGCCCAGAUUGAAGAAGUAGCGGGAGACGACUGUUGCGUUCACUGUCUCCUGGGGUGUCUGUUCUGUGAACUGCUGUCCAUGUGUUCAGCCGUAGGAUCGUGUCUGGCGUGCGGAGGGGACGUGGCCGGGUGCUGUGACACUGUGGACGGCUGCGGCUGCUGCUGCUGCUUGGAGGCGGCGGGGGACGUGGCCUGUACAGAGGAGGCAUGUCAGGCCGUGUUGGAAUGUGGGAUAUUGGAGGACUCGUCCGACUGCCUGGAGAUCUGUUUGGAGUGCUGCUCUAUCUGCUUCCCCACAUAGAGCAGCCAAUCAGAGACAGACUACAAGAUGAUGCCAGAGAUAAUAAGAACAGGAAAUUCCAAACAGAACUGAUGUGUUAACUUUGUUCUGGCUGAGUGGACACAGACUGACCUGCUAACACGUAAAAAUCUUUUUUAGUCUUUGAAAUGUUUAAAUAAACAGCUGAACAGAUUGUGUGGGAAGAAAAUGAAGAAGUGCAGACUUGGUCAACAGGGUUUUGGUUUGGAUCAGGAAUAUGCUCAGUAAACUUUACGGCAUUAUUGUUUGUUUAGAUAUCUGCCUCUUUAGUGAAGAGUUGGACACAUACAUGGACAAACUGAGCUACAUGUAUGUUAGAUUAUUUACGUGCCUGCAGGACAUCAGUGCGUCUCUGUAGAGACAACGAGGGUGAGCAGGAGACCAGAGUAGAGCCUGAAAUUAAUGGUCAUCUUAUUAUUAACCAGUCUCUUCCUAAAAUUAUGCUGCAUUCAGGUCACGUGGGAUUGAUGGGGAAGAUUCACAUGUUUACAACUUGCAAGCGUUCACAUCAUCAGACAACUAACUCACGACAGUUGUCUGAUGACAGUCGGUCCAAUGAGGGUUCAGUUACUGACUAGGUGACAUCAUAUCCGUUAAAUUUGUUGUUUAAUCACCAUGACGACAGACUCUGCCGAUGUGAGGCGUUCAUGUUUGCCACAUUUACAAGCAUUUGUGUUUUAUGAAGUGUCACGUCGGAUAUAUUGAAGCUUUCAGUUGCUGAAAUUUGAAAACAAUAUUUCAGAUGAAUACCUGAUUGUCAGUGAUGCAAAGACAAAGAAUCAGAUCUGUGGGCGUCAGGAAACAAACAUCUGUCUGUCAAACACUUUGGAUCAGAGUGAGACGUCCAACUUUUACCUCUUUUAAAGGAAGAAACAUUCAGUUUUUCACAUUGUGUAAAUUUCUCAUUAAAAGAUGCAAAUAACUUCACUUUAAGAAAACUUUGUACAUCAAGAACUUGUGCAAACUUUCUCUAAAUGUGAGAUGUCAUUAAAAUGUCUGUAUGAUUUAUUUUUAUAACUCCACCGUAUUCAUUGUCAGUGUGUAAUGUACAGAGCUUUAAAUUGAGUUUCACCUUAUUGUUUAUCUGUCCGGCUGCAACUUUACUGUUUUGGUUCACUCU